AUCCAAGGAAUGAUCGAGCGACGGAAUCUCGGCGGCAAAUGAGCCUAUUCCAGGAUUCAAUCUCGUAUCCUGAAAUAUCUACGUGCUAUUUUUCUCUCUGAUUUUACAAAAUUUAUGAUGCGAGAAUGACAAAAAAGUAUCAAAAUGAUAUUGUUAAGAAGAAUACAAAACGGUACUCUGUAUGAAAUCAUUUUCGAAGCGAAAUACUUGAAGAAACAUCUCGCUUCCGGACUAGGUCGCAGGGAUAGAGGUUCUCUCGCGGUCAUCACCGACGCGACUUGAAUACCGAAGAGGCGUGGUUUUGGUCGGCGUAGAAACCUGUUCGUUCUCCGCGCUUCAUCUCGUUGCAGCGUGACGUCGGCCGAUUCCCCUUCGCGUCACCGCAUCACGCAGCCGACCUCCUCCCCCACGUAUGAGGGAACGGGCGCUCUCUGGCGUCGGAGUCGCGGGACCGAUGACGCGCGCCAUUUUGUCCAGUGUCCGUCGAACGCGUCGUGCGUCGGGGUGCGUAUCGCUGGCGGGGUUGUUUAUCGCUGUGCGAGAGCGAAAUAAAUCUGAACGCGGAGACUUAGAUUCGUGUCUGUGGCGACGACGUCCGGCGCGGCUACGAAGAGGAAGACCGUCUCCUCGUAUUGUGAUCGCUGCGAGCUUCUACGAGGACAGACGUAGCGUUGCGACGACGCUUAAUAAACAAGCGACUCACGGAGAGUGUGAAUGGCGACGACGACGAUCACGCAAACACUCGAUCCCGUUGUCGCAGCGGAGAGCAGCGUUUGGCUGCAGAUGUGGCUAUAAUCUGGCAUGUAGGCGAGAAUGCGCACCCCUGCCGAAAUCGAGAUCCUGGCCCAAUCCAAAAUGUAUAAUCUGGAAACUGAGGAAACAGGGAUGUCCGCGGAUGUGAACGGAGUGGUCUUGUCAUCUCCUCAUCCGGAGACUCACAUAUUCACUAACAGCAUGUUAUGCAUCCAGGAAGAACUGGCUCAACUGAGUGAAAUCGCGGCAAGUCCCGAACGAUUAAUCACCGAACUGCGAGAGGUUCAAUUACCUAAUAGCAACCCAAACUCGGGGAGUAGUUCUAGCGAUACAGCGACAAAAUGCGCUCCCGGAACGGAAAGCAUCGACUCUCAACGAUCGAACUGGGUCGAAGGCAUACUGGGAUGCAUGCGCCCCGUUUGGACUAUGUUGUCAAAGGCAGCUAUCAACGAAAAAAUUAAGAAUCUUGCAACGGAUGAUUGGGAGAUACCCUUUGGAGAUAUCAGCGAGAUGAAGUGGGUAGCAUCCGGAGCUCAAGGUGCAGUAUUUAAAGGGAAAUUAAAUAGGGAAAUCGUAGCUGUAAAAAAGGUGAAGGAACCGAAAGAGACUGACAUACGCCAUUUAAAAAAGCUCAAUCAUCCGAAUAUUGUACAGUUCAAAGGAGUCUGUACGAAACCUCCUUCCUAUUGCAUAAUAAUGGAGUUUUGUCCAUUUGGGCCAUUGUAUGACUUUCUGAGAGCAGGAGAACCGGUUCCUCCUGUUAGAUUGGUGUCAUGGUCAAAACAAAUUGCUGCAGGGAUGGCAUAUCUUCAUGCUCAUAAAAUCAUACAUAGAGAUCUCAAAAGCCCAAACGUUCUAAUAGGACAAGACGAAAUAGUGAAGAUCACUGACUUCGGUACAAGUAGACAAUGGAAUGAGGUUAGCACGAAAAUGACUUUCGUCGGUACUGUGGCGUGGAUGGCACCGGAAGUAAUCAGGAACGAUCCGUGUUCGGAGAAAGUGGACAUAUGGUCAUACGGCGUCGUACUGUGGGAAUUGCUGAGUGGCGAGAUACCUUACAAGGACGUGGAUUCCUCCGCCGUUAUGUGGGGAGUGGGCAGCAAUUCUCUUCACUUGCCAAUUCCUACCAGUUGCCCAGAGGGUUUUGGACUACUGGUGAAACAAUGCUGGGCGACUAAACCGCGUAAUAGACCGUCCUUCAAACUUAUUGAGAUGCAUCUCGCUAUCGCAGCCGUCGAUGUAUUGUCCUUGGAACCCGAAGAUUACUUUAAAGCACAGCAAUCUUGGAAAAAGGAAAUACAGGAACACAUGGAACAUAUGCCGCUAUUUACUAAUACCAGUCCACGUUUCGAAAACGAUCUAAUUCUACGGAGGAAGAAUGAAUUACGGCAAGCUCAGGAUGUCAGAGAACACUAUGAACGCAAACUUGAACGCACUAACAACCUAUAUCUGGAACUAAACGCUAUUCUACUACAAUUGGAGCUACGCGAGCGAGAUGUAAUAAACAAACAACGUAACGCUUUGCAAAACCGCGUUCUAUAUUUGGAACACAGCCGAAAACCCACAGAUCGAAAUAAAUAUCUGGUUUGUCUCAGGAGAGAGCAACAAUCGACAGGGUAUAAGCAAUACAAGAAACGGCUUGUUCGUCCUUUAUUGAAGGCCCAGGAGAGGUUGUAUCGGAAACGGAAUGGCACAGUGCAGUUCUCCACUUCCUCAACGCCCACUACUCCGCCAUCGCCCACGGAUUCGCCGCAGAGCCCCGUCAAAGCCAUCAUGUACACGCAACUGAACGAAUCCAAUCAACCAGAAACUAUUUUGGCAUCAAACAAUAGUUUCAAACAGCGUAAAUAUAGGCAUCGUAGAGUUGGCUCGGGUUGUGGCCUAAGUUCCAGUCCUAGAUCGAGUCCUCAUCGUGAAAGAAAGAGUAUAGAAGUAUCUGUAAGGUUCAUUGACAGUCAUACACAAACGGAUAUCAUGGACAUCAGUGAAACGGAUCACACUCCGUUGGCGAAUAUAGCGUCUUUCUCGCCCGAAAGGUCUUCUUUGGAAGCUGCCAGAAAGCACUCGUUGAAUAAACAGGCAACAGAAUGUGUAAACGGGAAUCCGAUUUUGCCAGAAACACAUUAUCCGAUGCUAAUUAGUUCAUGCUCCAGUCCUGAACCCUUGAAUGAAAAUAAUGCAAACGGAAACGAACGUUUGAAAGAUUGUAGUGAUGAUGACAAUCUUGAGACUCUCGGUAGAAAAGUCAGUGAGAUUAUUAUUGCGAAUCGUCUCAUUAUUGACAAUGGAAACGGCGAUGAUGUUGUAAUCUCUCACAGAAAUAAAGAAGAUUCGGGCAAACUACCUGGACAUUAUGCGGAGCAAUCUGACAUUAAACUACGAAUUUCUUCAGACAAUACAGAUGAUCGCGAAGAUGAUGCUUGCGAAGAAAGCUGGUCAGAUGAAGAAGGAGAGGAUCCAAGUUAUACUUAUAAUUAUUCUUUAAGACGAAGAAGGUAUACAUUUCAGUAUAAUUAAAUGAUGAAUAUAAUA